GAAUCGGCGAAGCACUGCUGCGGCACCAUCGGAGCAUGAUGCUGGACUCGUGCCAGCGGCGCAGCAGUCCAUGCUCAUACGGAAGAGCGCCGCUGUCAAGAUUCAGAACUUCUGGCGUGAGCAUCACAGGCAUAAGGUCCAGCUUCGAGAUCAGUCGAAGCUCUCCGCUGCUGCGGCUACGAAGAUUCAGGCGAGAUGGCGUGGCUUCAGCGUUCGCCGGGGGAAGAUCGUCAAGGCGGCUCGGAUCAUCCAGCGCCACACCCGCGGCUUCCUGGUGCGAGUGGCCAUCCGAAG